AGCUCCUCGACUACUCUGUAGGGCUCUUGGCUAUGUUUGCAGCAGGCCUACGCCCCCUUGUGACUCUGCUAUCCCUUCUGGUGGCCUCGGCAGCUGCCAACCACCUUGAGGUUCGGGGUGACCUCCACUUCCCGCUCCAUGCCCGUGAUACCAACAAGGAUGGAAGUACGCCCGUGUACAAGAAUCCGAACGCGGAUAUCGAGGCACGCGUCAGCGACCUGCUUUCGCGCAUGACGAUCGAGGAGAAGGUCGCACAGUUAAUACAGGGAGACAUGAACGGGUGGAUGGAUUUCAAUGAUCCCCUCGACGACACCAAAACCUUCAACCAAACUGGUCUUGAAGAAAUGAUGGCCUCAAAAGCUGGCGCUAUCUGGGGUGGCUACCUCACCCCGUGGGACAAGUUUGUAUUUGGCGUGAACGUCGGCCAGCGAUACCUAAUGGAAAACACAACGCUCGGCAUCCCAGCGCUCAUCCAGUCUGAAGGCCUGCAUGGGUUCACGAACAACGGGACGAUCUGGCCCUCCCCAAUCGGCCUCGCCGCGUCGUUCAACCCCGACCUUCUGAAAGAGGCGGCCGCGACCAUCGCAGACGAAGCCGAAGGUCUUGGCAUCUCGCACGUCUUCGCGCCUGUGCUUGAUCUUUCGCGGGAACUCCGCUGGGGCCGCGUCGAGGAGAACUUCGGCGAAGACCCAUUCCUGACAGGCGAGAUGGGUUUGGCGUACGUGAGCGGACUGCAGUCCGGGCGGAGGCGCAACGCGAGUUCGUCUGCUAUUGCGCGCAUGGCUGCCACGUGCAAGCACUUUGCUGCGUUCGGCAGCCCUCAAGGAGGACUAAACAUCGCGCAGGUUACAGGAGGCGAGCGCGAACUACGCUCAGCAUACCUGAAGCCCUUCAACCGCGCAUGCGUGGAGAGCCUGUCGAUCAUGACAGCGUACUCGAGCUACGACGGCAUUCCGGCUAUCGCGAACAAGCACCUGUUGACGGAUAUUUUGCGCAAUGAGUGGGGGUACAAGUACUGGGUGACCUCGGAUGCAGGCUCCGUCGACCUUCUCAUCACCACGCACGGAACCUGCGACACGCGUGAGUGCGCUGCGAAGAUCGCGCUCGAGAACGGGAUCAGCGGCGAGAUGGGCGGUGGGACGUACACCUACCUAACCAUCCCAGACCAGGUCAAGGCUGGAACUAUCGAUAUCAAGUUCGUCGAUGAGACUGUGAAGGCGAUGCUGCGCACGAAGUUCGCCCUCGGGCUAUUCGAGAAUCCGUACCCAUACGAGGACUAUCUGUCGACGCUGCGGACGUCCGAGACUCGUCAACUGCUCCACGACAUGGAGCGCGAGACGAUCGUGCUGCUCGAGAACAGGCAGAACACACUCCCGCUCAGCAAGUCCAUUAGCUCCGUUGCGCUGAUUGGGCCUCAAGUCGAUCGCGUCUCGUUCGGCGACUACGUCUUCUUCAAUGCGUCCAACAACGGCAUCUCCCCCCUCGCAGGCUUCACCCAACUCCUCGCCAACACCUCCGUGAAAAUCAACUACGCCGAAGGCUCCAAGCUGUGGUCGAACGACGUCUCCGGUAUCCCCGCCGCCGUCGACGCCGCGAAGGCUUCGGACGUGGCCGUCGUCAUGGUCGGCACGUGGUCGCUCGACCAGACGCUGCUUUGGACCCCGGGCACCAAUGCGACGACGGGCGAGCACGUCGACCUGUCUGACCUCGGCCUCGUCGGCGCGCAGUUGCAACUGGUGCAGGCCGUGAAGGCUGUGGGGAAGCCGACUGUUGUGGUGCUCGUCAGCGGGAAACCAGUCGCGGAGCCUUGGAUACAAAAACACGCAGACGCUGUUGUGCAGCAGUUCUACCCUGGUGAGCUCGGCGGGCUAGCGCUUGCCGAGGUCAUCUUCGGAGACGUCAACCCCUCUGGCAAGCUCCCCGUAUCGUUCCCGCGCAGCGUUGGAACGACGCCCGUAUUCUACAACUACCUGAAAGGCAGCCGACCGAUUGACGCGGGUCAGGUGCUCGACGACGGCACGCUCGUCUUCGGCCACCAGUAUGUACUAAACAGCCCAAUCCCGUUGUGGAGUUUCGGGCACGGCCUGAGCUACACAACGUUCAACUACACCGACAUCGCCUUGUCGAAGUCCACUAUUGGCACGAACGACGAUUUCUCUGUCUCUGUCACCGUGCACAACACGGGAGACCGGGAUGGAAAGGAAGUCGUGCAGGUAUACGCCACCGAUCUAGUCAGCUCGGUCGUCACUCCGAACCAGCAGCUCGUCGGUUUCCAGAAGGCCGACAUCCCUGCCGGCUCGUCAAAACGCGUUACUAUUCCCGUGAACUCGACGGAGCUCGCGGCAUGGACGCUGGAUAACAAGUGGGCAGUGGAGCCGGGUCAGUUCGCUGUGAAGGUCGGGACCAGCGACCAGACGUUCUUGACCACGACUCUGGUCGUGCAGUAG